CUUGUUCUGGGUUUUAUCUUUUUACUGAUCAUUCUUCAAAACCUGAGGCUGGGUGUGUAUUUAUUAUGGGGUUAUGCGUUAGUACAAAUACAAAACAGCUGAAUAAUUCACUCCAUGGGUGUGAUUGUGUUGACAAAGAUAAGAAUGACAUCGGCAAGGUCUCAUCUGCAAUAGAGCCUUCACAUGGUGAGAUCCUACAAUCACCCAAACUGGAGAUCUUUUGCUUGGAUGAACUAAAAAAAGCCACUAGUAACUUCAGUCAAAAUGCUGUGAUCGGUAAAGGUGGUUUUGGUUCUGUCUACAAAGGGUGGAUAGAGGAGCAUUCAUUAAAGGCUGCUUCCCCUGAGACCGGUACAGCUAUUGCUGUAGCGAUGCUUAACCCAAAUGGUAGCCAAGGUCAACAAGAAUGCUUGACAGAAAUCAAAUACCUGGGGCAACUUUAUCAUCCAAAUCUUGUGAAAUUGAUCGGUUACUGCUUUGAGAAUGACUAUCGGCUUCUAGUCUAUGAGUUUAUGCCCAAUGGAAGCCUGGAGGAUCAUAUAUUCAUCAGAGCAGGGGAGUCCCACAUUCAAGCACUAUCUUGGGAUCGCCGAAUGAAAGUUGCUCUUGGUGCUGCUGAGGCUCUAGCAUUUCUUCAUAAUAAGGUUUAUGCAAUACAUCGAGACAUUAAGAUUUCUAGUAUCCUGCUCGACGCAAAUUAUAACGCCAAACUCUCCGGUUUUGGGUUGGCUAGAGAUGGGCCAACAGGCAGUAAAAGCUAUGUUUCCACAAGGGCCGUGGACACUGAAUAUGCCGCACCUGAAUAUAUUAGAACAGGUCAUCUUAGUAAAAAGUGUGAUGUAUACAGUUUUGGGAUUGUUCUCCUCGAAAUGAUCUCUGGCAGGCGAGUUAUGGAGAGAAAUCGGCAACCCGAAGAACAAAAUUUAGGUACUUGGGCAAGGAACCUUCGUGGACGCAAGGACAUGUUUUCCCAAAUUUUAAAUCCUGCCAUCUCAGGCCACCAUGCCACAACCAAUGUGAUAAAAGUUGCUCAACUUGCAUUAAAAUGUGUUUUAGUGGAACCAAAGCUCAGGCCAGAUAUUGAAGAAGUCGUUGGAGUCCUGAUAGAAGUUCAGGACUUCCAUGGUAGUGAGAGAAGUAGAGGCUCUAAACAUUACAGAUUAAGCAAUAGUUCCAAAUAUCAGGAAACAAGACAAAUGAAGUUUGGAUUCGAGUUUCAUCCACGUAGGCCAUCUACUUCUCUUGUUUCUAUAUAAUAUCUGCACAAAAAUGUGAUACAUGCUUUAGUAUAUAAAGGGAUACAAAAGUUCAUUUGGAUCGGUGUAUAUUCGAAAUGAAUGUGGAUUUUCAUUUG